CGUCCCUGCGCGGGCGCGCCAUCCGCCUCACCCCCCGGCGCUCCGACGGCCGAUCCCAGCGCGCGCAUGCGACGCCUCGUACGAGGCGUGUAGGCCGGCCGUGGGCCCCGCGGGGCUUGAGCAAACUUCCCGUCUGCGGUCACCGCCGUCGGGGCCUACCCCUGUCGGCCGUUCCUCCGCGGUCCUUUUUUUCUAAGCGCUCUGGGGCCCCACCUCGGUGCCCUCGGCCUAUCGAUGCCACCGUUGGAUUACUCACGACGCGGAAACCAACGGCCGAUGUCACACGUUCGCAUGCGGGGAGCUUCGGUUAGCUAUAACUACGGGCCACGACAAAACAGAAAAGGCCCAAAACCAAAUCGGAAGGAAGCCCUCGUCUUCCUUCCUCCGUAACGCCAUUCCUCUCCUCGAUAACUCCUCCACCAAAACCCAACAGCUUCUUCCUGACGGCGUUACUCUCGGAUCGCCUCGUCGAGGAAUCGACCGAUAUGGUUUUCGGCGGAGGCGCCGCCGGGGAUUACUCAUCGGGGUCGAUGGCGACGCCGGAGGCGGCGGUGGCGGAGGAGGAUAUGGUGGGGAAGGACUACGUGGGGAUAUCCGAGGUAAGCUCCUCUUCUUACCCCGGUUCGGCGGGCGUUGGAGGUGGAAUGGACGAGGAGGAGGAACUGGAACUCGGUCUGAGCCUGGGGACAAAGAAGGCCAUCGGCGGUGGCGCAACGCCGUGGGCCGAUUACUGCCGAAUAUUGACGGCGGAAGACUUGCCGUCGAUGGGGUCGCGUGCUUCGCCCUUAUCUUCUUCGUCGUCUGUUUCAUCCUCGUCCUCACCUAUCGCGGGCGGGGAGAGGUGCAGCGGCCGUGUGGCUAAGAAGACCUCCGGUAACCCACCGAGUCAAAUGGUGGUAGGAUGGCCACCGAUAAGAGCAUACAGGAUGAACAGUUUAGUCAACCAAUCCAAAGAAAACACAUCCGCGCAUGCUACCAUCACGUCAACCCACAAGAAGGCAUCUCAAAACAUCAAGAACAACAAAACUGGGGAGAGAAUUUGCUGCAAGGAGAUUGAAAAGAAAGGAAGAUCCUCUGUGAAUUCCCUCUUUGUUAAGGUGAAUUUGGAUGGAGAUCCUAUUGGGAGGAAGGUGGAUCUCAGUUCCUAUCCCUCCUAUGAAACCCUUGCGCUAGCACUUGAGGCCAUGUUCCUCAGACAAACAUUAGUCCUCGGUAGCUCCAUUUAUGAUGGCCCAAGGACCUCAAAAUUGCUUGAUGGCUCAUCUGGAUUCAUAAUCACAUAUGAAGACAGGGAUGGCGACUGGAUGUUAGUAGGUGAUGUUCCGUGGGGAAUGUUCCUUAGCACUGUCAAGAGGCUUAGAAUCAUGAAGACCUCUGAUGCUAGUGGGCUUGCACCAAGAUUCCAUUCCUGGCCCAAUAUUGGUCCUUGCUAGGUUCCCAUCCUAGCAUCAAGGCAAAUGGGACUGCCAGAUUCAUGUUCACCCAUCUUGUGCUCCCGGAGUCUAUAGUAUGAUACCUCACUCUGAAGGGUUACUUUAACUUAGCCUCAUUUUCAAAUGUGAAUCAAGCAUUGUUUCUCUCGUAUUCAUCCUUAAAAUGUGAAUCAAGCAUUAGAUAGAUAGUAUGGAUAUUAUUUGUGUUUAAGAUCUCGGGUGCUGUGAUUCAUGAGAAACUUCAGCGCCUGGGAAAGUAUAUUGACACAUCACACUUUUGCGGAUUGACGUGUAGCAUUGUCUUUAUGCAAUGUUUCAUGAUCGAUUAGAUGAUUCACAUGUCUAAGUUUAUGCAAUUUUAAGCUGGUCUUCUGCCAGUGUCAUCCAAUGGUAGAUGGAACACUAUAAUUUAUAUUGAUCUUA